GUUCUCUGUCAGUCUUCUCCAUCUUUAUAUCACCACCACACCACAUCAAAUCGCACCGCCCCGCGACCCAGUCAUCCUCCCGACGGUCGAGUCCUCUUCGCACCACGCCCCACCCUGUGCCUUUCAUGGGCUCAGCACAAUCUACCCCAGGUCCUCGGCCUCCAAGUGAUCACCCGACAAUGGAGACGAAUCCCUUCCCUCCCCCCACAGCAGGCCCCCUCUCUCACCCUGUCCAAGGAGACGGUGGUCAAUCUACGCAAUGGCCGCUCACUUUGUCUACAGACACGUCCCUGUUGACCCUGAAAGAGGCUGCACGCAACAGUUCGCGACGGCGAAACGAUACAAGACUACCAUCUGCCGGUACUUCCCCUCACGCGCCUCUCAGUCAACGGAUCUCCAAGCCCAGACUGCCCUUGGCCGAUAGAAUAGGCAAAACCAAACCAGUCUACAUUGACAGGGAAGAGGGAGAGAUCAGUGAUGAAGAAGACGGGCAGGAAUUUGUCGAGCGUCACGAAGGCAAGAACUUGGCUCAACGACUUGGUCAACCCUCAGCGGCUUCGUCCCUCUCGGCUUCUGGUGGAACUCAGCCUCACGCAUCAGCUGCCCCCAGUCGUUCCCACGCCGGGGUCUCAUUGAUGGAGCGGCUCGAGCGACUAUCAUCGCCCCGUAAACGUACAAGUCAACAGCAGAUGUCGCCGCUGGCAUCUUCGCCUCCUCCGUCUCCGCCUCUUCCCCAUAUUCCAUCAACACCAGAGACCGAGGUAUCCCGUCCCGCUUCUCCCGAAUUUCCGCCGACCCCGCCCAUGCCAGCAACCGCAGGACCCGCGACGCCCCCUCUCCCGCCAAAAUCCGAUUGGCUGCCGUCAACUUCUCCCAGACCCCCCACACCGAUGCUUGACGAGGGCAUGAAAGUGGAAACACCACCUUUGCCGUCUCCUCGUCGUGUGCUAGACUCUAGGCCGCCGUCUCCCAGUGACCCGCCUCCUGUUGAGGAGGAGCGCCCUUGUACGCCGCCAAUCCCUCAAAGGGAAGAGCCUCUCGAGAUGUAUGAUCCUGUCGAGGUAUAUCGAGAGCGACUAUCUAGAUCUCCCGGUGCGGUCACAGCUGGGGAGCUGAUGACCCAUCCGCUUACUCCCCCUAUCCCGCCCGCGUCCUCUGAUAUGGAUCUGGAUAUUGCACCUGUCGAUAUGCCGGAGCAAUCACAGACAAUGGCUGAGGCAGUCCAGCAAGACGAGUUCCUGCAAAUCUCAAACGAGGAGGAGGCUCGAGUCGACGCCGGGGAGGAAGAAAGCCCGGACGAAGAGGCAAGUUCGUCUGCAGAACAACCACCAUCGACAGCCGCAGCUUCUGAUGCAAUCCCAGAGGACACCACCGAUUACAUGGGUCUCAUUCGAGGCCUCAUUCUUGACGGUGUCUCGCCACAGCAGCUCAUUGAGCGCGGUGCUUCGGCACACAGUGUGAUGGUCGUCUGCCAAGAGAUUGUCGAGCGCACGAAGCAAUCUGCUGAGUCCGUAGAGCAAGGCUCAGCUGAAAAAGCUGCAUUCCUUGCCGUUGAGGAAGAAGCUCUGCAUGCCGAGGGCUCCGAGUCGCGACCUAUCUACGUCGCUUCCAGUAGCGCCGCCUCGUCCCCGGCUCUUGCUCAUCUGGCACAUCCCCAGCCAUCAUCUCUUGGAGCUAGUCAGCUCAAGGAGACGCUCGAUCUUACUCUUCCUGCGAAACCUGUCGCAAGGUUGGUCCCGCAGGAAAGUUUCAGACCGAAGCAACCGUCACCAGCACCUGUACAAAUACUGCCGCCAGCUGUCUCUGUACCAGAUGUCCCUUCUGCGAGCUCGUCCAAGCUUGACACCUCCAUACCUGAUGCUUCAAGCAACCUCCCCCCGCGGCCUGAUAGCCUUCCACCAACUGUACCUUCACCCAACGUGCCUGUCUCUCCAGCCUCAAAUCAAACAUCGAAGAAGAAGAAGAAGAACAAAAAGACCAAGAAGGAAAAGGCCGCUGCGAAUGCGGCGAACAAGAAGAAAGAAACACCGGUCACUCAAAGAGCGACGGGCGCUGUCGUGUCCAUGACCCCCGAAGAUAUAGCUCUGCAUGGUCAGAACCUGUACGAGCAUAAUCUUCGUUUCCAUGCUGCGAUGAUGGCGGGGCAACUGCCUCCGCGACCCGGAGCUUACCCUGCUUAUCCCAUCCACGAUUACCCAGUCUCGUCAUUCAACCCUGACAUGCCGCCCCAUCUUCAUCCUUAUCGCCCGGCCACGCUUGGACCAGAUAUUCGUCCUGUCGAGCCACCUGGAGCUCCUCCCCCUCCCCCCGACCACCCACCGCCUGAUGCAAGUGCUGCUGCACUGCAUGCGAGGAAAAGAAUGGCUUUGGAGAGUAUGCGAAGGAAGAAGCCGGCUUCAGCCCAGUCGGAGGUAGAGGUGGAUACUGUGCGGCCGGCGGUGGAUAGUUCUCGGAGCCAAAGUCAAAGCCGCGAAGCGGAAGCGUACGAACAAGCCGCGGCCUUGGAAAAAGAAUUCUUCAACGCCUACAUCUCUGGGCAGGGCUCUGCGGGUGCUCCUCCUGACGUACCGGGCAAUGUACAUGAGAAGAUGAAUGGGUCGGAAAGUAUGGAUAUGGAGCUGGAAGAGCCCGAGGAAGGGGAAAUCGCUGCGCCGCCGCCGGUGCUACCGGUCAUUGCUAUGAGUGAAAGUGUGACGCCCGCAGAACAUAUCCCUGGGGCUCCUACAGCUGCGCGCAGAGGGAUCAAACGACCUCACGCCGAAGACCUUAUGGACGUACGACCUCAUUCUGCCCCGCCUGCCCGCCGUACAACAGCGCCCCGUCGACUGUUCGGUCUUCCCCUCAACCCGAACCUUUUGUUGCUCCAUGUGGACGACGAUUCUGAUUCCGAUUCUGACGACGAGAUGGAAGAAUUGCAAAAGAGGGAAGAGGAGCGGCAGAGGGAGGCGGAAGAGAAGCAAAAGAGGCUCAAUGAGAAUAUCCUGAGGCUGAAAGCAGAGAUUGCGAUGAAGAAGCGUCGGAAAUUGGCAGGGGGCACGAGCGGAGCGGCUUCUCCGACCACUGGGAAUGCGACACCGGCGCUAGGUGCCGGAGUUGUCCAAAACUUGACAGAGACCGCGGAGGCAAGUGAAAAAAGUGUCGGUAUUGACAAGCUGGCUUCAGCGGGCGCGGCUGCUCUCUCAGUCCCAGAAGACACUCGGGCAAGAUCAUCAACACCAGCCGAUAUCAAACAGUUGACCGUAGAAUUGGCCCAAGUGGAAGCUCAAAAAGAAGAGCAGGCCAAGGAAAUCAUGUCUGCCAACGCCCUAAAAUCUGCGGAAGAGCCAAUCAUUGCAGACGGUAUGUGACCGGGCUUUACUCAAGAUGGGUCUAACGCCUUUGCAAGACGACAUCCAGGUGGAUGAAGAAGGUGUGUGUUCCAGCUACGGACAGUAUUGACGAGAUCAAACAACCAUCUGUCAGUCGUGGUCGGUCAAGCAAAGGUUUGCAUAUCGCCUUUGGUGCGUCUCCGUUCGAUUGACGAUGUACAGGAUGCGACUCAGCCCUCCCAACCGUCUACUCAACCCUCUACUUCCCACAAACCAAAGGUGCGUCGUUCGAAUCAGCUACAAAGUUGACAUUCCCAGAAUUUCCAGGCGUACCACCCCAUUCUUAGCCACUAUCCCCAGCUGCCGAGUGCCAUUUCCCUCCAACCCUCUCCCCAUACCCCUGCCCCAAAUCCCUUCGUCCAGAUUAACCGGGUCCUCCUCGAUUCGAUCAUCCUCACUAACCGCUCACAGGCAGGCAGUGUUACUUUAUGCCGGGCUGAAGCUGGAGGGGGCAAGUGUGCAGACCGGAGUUGUCAAUCGGCACAUCUCACCAAGGGAUCAAUAAUCAGCGAUGACGACGUGGUCGAAUAUGUGUACGAGGCGUAUAUCAUCCCUCAGGGCAAGGCAAGCGGGAGGGAAAAGCACGAGGUGGCAGAUAUAGUGGCUGCCGCGAGACGACAAGUUGUCAGCGGCCAGACAAUCCCAAAACACACGAUCAGAACCGACGACGAUACGCACAAGCAGCUCUUUGAGAAAGUUGGUCAGCUUCUCCAGAGCUGAUCGGACUAUUUUCUAUCAGCUCUUGCCUCCCUCCCUACCCCCUCCCCCUUCCCCAUCCCCCUCCUUUGAGAUCCUUCCUGUCUUGUUGUUAUAUAACGGGUCACUGCUGUGUACCCGGCAAAAUCCAUACUUUACGAGUACUGUAUCUGUACAGUCUCAGUAGACUGCUAAAAAGCAACGGCAUUGUCGACAUUUAUUGUAUGCAUAACACGA